UCAGAGAUUUCCGCCCCUGUCAUCUUGGACAGUUUGGAGCCCGGAUGCGCCGCCAUGCCGACUCUAUCAGCGAAUGGAAUAAUUUAUUCACCAACCUGCCAGACACUGGGCGACUAGGAGUUCACUGAAGAAGUCGACAAGACAGUUUGGAGGGCAGAGGAGCCCCUAACUGCGGGAUGACUACUACGGGAUACCCGCUCUGUGUUUACUUGUUUGUUUGCGUUGCUUGCCACCGUUGUAUUGAUGUAGGAACACUUGAGUGCUAGCUACGCUAACGUUAGCUCGAGUCGAGAGAGUGCGCGGUAGUGACAGUCCGGCCGGAGGCGGGGAGAACUGUGAGGUGAGACUGUUAGUUUGAUGGUGACUACACUAAACUGUUGACUGUAUGUGUAGAGAUAGACACCUGGUAGAUAGUAUUACUUUUAACAAUGUGUAUCACGAUUUUAGGGGGGUUCAGGCAGCAGCACAUCGAGCUGGGUAGUUGACUGUUUGUCUAGUAUCGUAUUUUUGGCCGGAGUGGAGCUGAACGUUUAGUCGACGUUUCAGUCUUCUGGCCCGCAAUAGAGAAGCUAAGAGCUAGCUUGCUAACUAGAUAACUAUCCAACACAGGGAGGACUCCUAAACUUUUCAGAUCCAGAAUAAUUUCUAUGUCUGCAUCAGUCCUGAAAACCAGAAGUGAUGUCUGUUGAUGAGGAUACUGUAAAAACUGGCAGUCCACAGGCCAGCUCAACUUCAUCUCUGCAGCUCUCAGAAUGUACUGGAGGAUACAGCAAUAUAACUGUGAUGGUGGAGGGUACUGCUGCCACCCCUGAUUUUGCAGCUGCUUGUCCUGUCUCAGGCCCUGAAGCCUCUCCAAAACACAUCAGCACGACUGAUGCGCUUACCCACUCAGACGAUGCUGGACAGGGAGCCAGAGGGAACGAGAAUAACAUCAAUCGCAGGAACAGCUUUCAUCAUUCCAAACAACAGCAACAAACAAAACUAACAAAGCGCCGCUACACAGCAACCGCUAGUUUCAAGCAUCCGACAUCUGGCAAGAGGAGACGAAGGGCCAACUCUGAGAGUGACUCCGUCCUGCCUACCAACUUCCUCCUGGGUGGGAACAUUUUUGACCCACUGAAUCUCAACAGCCUGCUGGAUGAGGAGGUCAACAGGGCACUCAAUGCAGAGACGCCCAAAUCCUCCCCGCUGCCAGCGAAGAGUCGAGACCCUGUGGAAAUACUCAUUCCCAGAGAUAUCACAGAUCCACUGAACCUGAACAGCGGGAUAGCAGGCAGCAGCUUUUUGGUGUCCCCCUUCAAAAGUGGUGGCAGGAAGAGACACCGCAAUAGACACCAUGGAGGAGGAGGAGGAGGAGGAGGAGGAGGAGGUGGGAUUUCAACCACACAGAUCAACCUCUCAGAAUCAGGAAAAAGUGAGGUUAAAACUGGCACCUCCACACUGCUUCCAGGUAUGUUAGCCUCAUGUUCUGCUCUAGAUGUCUCCAAAGAGUCCAACAGUUUCUCCAGUGUCGCAGGGGAUUCCCAUGAGCACUCAGCUGACAACUCAGCCAGCUGCAAGGAGGAGAUGACAUCUGUUUCUAUAGAGGAUUCCACUUCCUCCACAUCGGGGGCACCAAACCAGCACACAAGCAGACGCAAGCGUAGGCGCAACUCUGGCAAAAUGGAGGCCCCUGUGACCCAUUCUACGCCAAUUGGAAAGUCAGUAUCUGUAGACAGGAAUUGUGGUACAUCGAGAAAUUUCCAGUCCUUCCACACACCAAGGAGUGGUUCCAAAACAGGGCCAGGAGGUCGCCAGCACCAGCAGCCCCACACCCAGGCGAAGGAGCAACAGAAGAAGUUCCAGUAUGGGAACUACAACAAGUAUUAUGGCUACCGCAACCCAGGCGCUAGUGAAGACGCACGGGUACGUGUGCUUCGUCCCGAAUGGUUUGAAGGUAAAGACGUUCUAGAUUUGGGGUGCAACUCAGGCCACCUAACACUCUAUAUUGCCAAAAUGCUAAGACCUGCCCGCAUAUUGGGCCUGGAUAUUGACAGUGGUCUGGUACAUGCAGCUCGUAAGAACAUCAGACAUUAUCUGUCUGAACUGCAGACCCAAGAGGCCAGGCAUGCGAUGCAGGAGAAAAAGAGCACUAAGCAGGCGAGGAAUGGAAAUGAGAGUCUCACAGGCACAGACAAGAAGCACAAUGAAGCAGAGAGCAGGGAUGAAAACGGUAAACCGGUGAAAGGAGAAAGUGGCCCUGCAGAGGUUGCAAAUGACAAUGACUCCUGUCACACAGAUGAGGCGGGGACCCAGAGGCAGGGCGACAAAACAGAGGUAAUGGAGCAGGAAGAUUGUGAUUCACCCCCCGCUGAUCACUCUGUGAGCUGCUCUUUUCCCGUGUCCCUACGGAUCUCCAGGGGCCCCAUUGCUGCACCUCCACUAACAGAAACAUCCACCACACGGCCCGGAGAGUUCCCCUCAAAUGUGUCCUUCAUCAAGGCCAAUUAUGUACUGGAGAACGAUAAUCUUCUUUUGACUCAGCGUCCAGAGUACGACGUGAUCCUGUGCCUGAGCGUUACCAAAUGGGUUCACCUGAACUGGGGAGACAGUGGCCUCAUGCGGCUCUUCAAGAGAGUCUACAAACAUCUCCGUCCUGGAGGCAUGUUCAUUCUGGAGCCACAGCCCUGGGAGUCCUAUGUGAGGAGGAAGAAGCUGACGGAUAAUAUUAGCAGGAACUUUCACAGCAUCCGCCUCAAACCUGACCAGUUUUCAUCAUACCUUACAACAGAGGUGGGCUUCACCAGUUCUGAGUACCUUGGGGCCCCCAAGUGUUCAAUAAGAGGUUUUCAGAGGCCAAUCUACUUAUUUCACAAAUGACCGCUCCUGCCUUGAAGAUCACUGAAUGUGAGUAGCCUAAGCCACCACCAUACAAAGAAGCCAGCCAGCUGCCCUGGACUGCAAGGAAUCAUCUGUGUCCUUAACAGUUACUCCAGCUUUUCAGACGCUGAAGAUGAAAUUCAGAAAUGAGAAUGGGACCAAAAGUGGAAUCAAUUUUGUAAAGAUGAGAUGUGUCAAGAAGAGGUAUCUAUCAGAAUCCUCUGUGACUACAAAUUCUUAAAGAGUAUGGAGUGAACUUGGAUAGGACUCCACAGUGUAUAACCUGGACAUCAUAGCUGGGCCAGACUGUAGAAGAGGUGCUUAGCUGAUUCUUUCCUUGGGCCAUCCUAGUGCUAAUGAUGCUCCAGUUUGAUGCAAGGCCAUAACAUGUGUUUGAAAAUCUUUGGCCAUAUAUCUUUACUUUCAAAACUUUGUUUUCAUUACUGUUCUGUGCCACCGCAUCAACAUAAAGUUUACAUAUUAGGGUUGGGCAAUAGGGCAGACUUUUUCCAAUUGGCCAGCAUAUCCACGUUAAGUGGUGAUUGAUGGUGUAUUCACUACAUUAGCUCCAUGUGACCAACUGUGUGUUGCACUUGCAAAACCGCAGUACACCACUGGAUUCCAAAGCCAUUACACAGAUCAUACUGAUAUGAUGUCUUUUAAAAAGCCACACUGGAGUGCAGGUAAUCUUUAUGCUGUGUAUGACACUAUGCAGGUUAUGAAUGAAGCCUCAUAUUGCCGGCUCCAUUGCAACUACUGAUGGCAUAGAAAUUGUGCUCUUUGUGGUUACAUAUCUGCAUCAUGUUUGAAGCCUUGAAUCCCGUUGUGGUGGGACGUAUAAAUGCAAAUAUUUUGGUGAAUUUAAAACAGCCAAACAAAUUCCAUCAGCCAUACAUUGUCUGUAGCUGAUAUAUCUGUCCCAUUUUCCAACCCUAAUAUAUAGUUUGUUUUGUCAUUAUUUUUGCAAAAUAGGCCUUAGAGCUGAAUUAACUUUAAUAUGUUACAGAGCUGUGAAAAUGAUGUAAGUCCACAUUUUGCCAUGGACAGUAUGAAAAGCUCCUAAAUUGCACAAACCUAAGACGCUAUGAAGUGAAAAGUGGCUUGUCUAAGUGAUAAAGACAAUAAUGCAAUGAAAAAGGUGCACUGAAUACAGCCAAAAACAUACAAAACAGAACAGCCAUCCAGUAAACUGCCUAAACUAAACUACAACUAGUGAAAGCUUACCCAGUGCCCAGCCAGCAUGUCUUCAAGGUAUUGUCUCUUUUUUUUCUUUGUAACAGUCAUGAUGAAUGUCAUCAAAUAUUAGAUUCUGUUAUUAUGACAUGGAGGAGGUAUGUAGUUUACUCAGGCCUACUACCACUGGGAAGAGUACUUAAUAUGGUACCUCAAAUCUGACAUCAGCUAAAAUGUUAAAUCCCCAAGUACAAGUGGAAAAAUCAGAUAUCUACAUUUUCAAGAAAGGAGUUUUGGCUUUUUGAAUGUAAACCUUCAGGCCUGUGUAAUUUACUUGAGAGUUUGGACUGUUUAGGAAGCAACAAAUCACUCCUUGGGUUUUUUAAGCCUUUUCAAUGCUCCAUCCUAAUGGUAGGGGGCACAUUUAAGCUGUGCUGACACCCAGGUGUUGGCUCAGCUCAAUCAUUUAGCACAGAAACCACAAGGACUAUUUAGCAAGGUAAAUCUGUAGCAUGCAGUGAUCAAACAUAUUUUUUUAAUGACAGUUAAGCCAUAGCCCUACCGUUUUAUAUGUUGUUUACAAUGACAGAGAGUAUAAUUGAGUGUAAGAUUUAAGGCAGAGGCCUGUCAUUAGAGAGUUGCUACAGCGUCUUCAGUGCUGUAUAAAUCCGACACAUGCAGUGUUUUGUGUGGUCUGAUCAUCACCACUGGACAGGCAUUAAUUCAAACAGUAUCAGAAUCACUUUUGAGCUCCUGAGUUGAAAUCAACUUCUGUAAGACGGAACAAAAACUUACAUUUGUAGAAAAUGGAUUGUUAGUAAAAUGACUGAAAUAUAUCCAUAUGACUUUUUACCAUUUGAAAUAUUAAUAGGCUGUUUGUAUUGAAGCUCUGCCAAACUAUUUUAUGGGUAGUUAGUCUUUGUGAUUGUAUCUUUACUGGUGUGCGCACUGAGCAUCGCUCAUCUACAACCUUUCAUUGUAAAUGGCUGGGACUAAAAAGCUUCCUUUUUUGUGACUGGUUCAAUUACAGCAUUUGGCAUAGUAGAGUAGGAGAUGAUGGAGAAGAUGGAUGAUAGGUUUCUAUUUUAGUAAGUGAUCAAUGUAAAUAAGUUAGCAAAUUUUGUUUUACUGUUGUCAAUAUUAAGUUCAUAACUGCUUUUGUCAUUUUCCAGUGUUUUUUUUUUUUUUUGGUGUGUUUUCAAAUGUUCUCUGCCAAUUUGUGAGUGAGUCAGAGUUUUUGUCCUAAAACAAACUGCUAAUCCAGCUCUGUAACAACAAAUGAAUAUGUACAUUGCAAUGUUCUGAUGUGUUUGCUUUGUUCUGUCCUGGCAGGCACAUGGAUUGUUAGAUUGGCUCUUUAUUUUUUUAUAAACCAUUUGAAAGGAU